AUGGCAAUGUUUCCAGGCACAGUUGCUUUUGAUGAAUUUGGGCGUCCAUUUAUAAUUAUAAGAGACCAAGAAAGACAAAAACGGCUCACCGGCAUAGAUGCUUUAAAGUCUCAUAUUCAAGCUGCCCAGCAAAUUGCUAGCAUAUUGCGCACAUCUUUGGGCCCCCGUGGCCUUGAUAAAAUGAUGGUUUCUCAAGAUGGUGAUGUCACUGUAACUAAUGAUGGAGCAACCAUUUUGAAACUUAUGGAUGUUGAACAUCAAAUUGGCAAACUCAUGGUUCAACUAUCACAGAGCCAGGAUGAUGAGAUUGGUGACGGCACCACGGGAGUUGUUGUUCUUGCAGGUGCACUUUUGGAACAGGCAUCCAUCCUGAUUGACAAAGGUAUUCAUCCAAUACGCAUUGCCGAUGGGUUUGAAAUGGCAGCAGCAACAGCUCUAGCACACUUAGACUCUAUUAGUGAAGCUUUCCCAGUGAAUAAAGAUACCCGAGAACAUCUCAUUAAGGUUGCAAUGACAACUCUUGGUAGUAAGGUUGUGGUUAAAUGUCACCGUUUGAUGGCAGAAAUAGCUGUUGAUGCUGUUCUUUCAGUAGCAGAUCUAGAAAAACGAGAUGUAAAUUUUGAACUUAUCAAAGUUGAAGGCAAAGUUGGAGGUCGUAUGGAGGAUUCAAUGCUUGUGCGUGGUGUUGUUAUUGACAAGACUAUGAGCCAUCCACAGAUGCCUAAAGUUUUAAAGGAUGUCAAGUUAGCAAUUCUUACAUGCCCAUUUGAACCUCCUAAGCCUAAAACUACACACAAAUUGCAUGUUGGCUCAGUAGAAGAGUACCGAGAAUUGCGCCAGUAUGAGCAUGACAAGUUCUUGGAAAUUGUGCGUCGCGUAAAGGACACUGGUGCUACAUUGGCCAUCUGUCAGUUCGGUUUCGACGACGAGGCGAACCACUUGCUUCUAUCGCAAGGCCUGCCCGCCGUGCGAUGGGUGCACGGCCCCGAGAUGGAGCUGAUAGCGAUCGCGACAGGCGGCCGCAUCGUGCCUCGCUUCGAAGAGCUCACACCCGACAAGCUCGGCUCAUGUGGGCUUGUUCGUGAACUCACUUUUGGCACAUCCAAAGAUGAGAUGUUGGUAAUCGAGCAAUGUUCGAAUUCACGCGCGGUGACCGCUCUGGUGCGAGGCGGCAACCGUAUGAUCGUGGAUGAAGCCAAACGCUCCGUGCACGAUGCGCUAUGUAUUGUGCGCAGUCUCGUGCAGGAUUCCCGCGUUGUUUAUGGAGGAGGGGCGUCUGAGAUAUCGUGUUCACUGGCAGUGGCGCGUGCGGCAGAGAAGUUGUCGUCACUUGAUCAAUAUUCUUUCAGAGGUUUUGCAGAUGCACUUGAAGCAAUCCCACUCGCAUUAGCCGAAAACAGUGGUUUGUCUCCAAUUGAUACUCUAUCUGAAGUCAAGGCAAGGCAAGUCACUGAGAAUAACAGCAAUCUGGGAGUUGACUGCAUGGGAUCAGGUUCAAAUGAUAUGAAGGCAAUGAAUGUUAUAGAGUCUCUUCACUCUAAGAAACAACAGAUAGCUCUCGCCACACAGCUGGUCAAGAUGAUCCUUAAAAUUGAUGAUGUAAGGUCACCGGCUGAUGGAAUGGAA